AUUGAAAUUAAAAACGUUUUCAGACUUCAAUUGAGCCCAGCUUUUUUUAAAAUAUCGUCAGCAAAAUGGUAAAACUUUCCAAACAAUUUGUAAUUAUCUUCGCUGUUUUGGCCUUGUUUAUUGGCCAAGGCUUGUCGUACUCCAACUCAAAGCAAUGCGGUCCUAAUCAGGAAUUCAACGCCUGUGGCACUGCCUGUCCCCUGCGGUGUGGUAGACCACGUCCCGAAGUCUGUACAGCCCAGUGUGUCGCCGGUUGCCAAUGUAAAACAGGCUAUGCUCUCAAUAGCUAUGGCAGCUGUGUCCCAUUGAGUGAAUGUUAGAAAAUACUUUGUUCUUUUUUUAAAUUUUAUUUUGAAUUCAAAAAUGCAAUAAUUAAAACACUUCAUUACAAAAAAAUCUUACAAUUUGAAAUUAA